GGAAAAGUCAGCAAACCAAAGUGUCUGGAGUUGGACAGGUGAAAGUUUGGGAUGGGAACAAUACCACUUGACAUUAGGCGGCUUUUGGAUGACUGUGAGCUGUUUGUAUCAGAGAUCCUUCAAGACGAGGCGCUCGGUGAAAAUACCCAACAGACGCGGAAGGUCUUACUGAACAACUUCAGGGUCGUCCACGUCAGAAACCCUCAAGAAUUCCCCUUCCCCCCAUCAAACUUUAGGGACGAGGACGGUUCUGAUGACAACCGCAGUUCCAGUCUAGGUCGCUCUGCCCCAUCGGACGACGCCUCAGUAGCCUCUGACUACCAGGAUGAUGGAGCCCCUGAGUACUUUGGUGACAUCCCGCCUGUCGCGGCACAGGACGUCGGCAACAUCUUGAAGCAAGGCCACCUGGAGAAGAGACGAAGAGAUCACAGCUUCUUCGGCUCGGAGUGGAAAAAGAGAUGGUGCGCUCUGACCAGUUCAAUAUUCUACUACUUUGGGAGUGAAAAAGAUAAGCAGCAGAAGGGUUCCUUUCAUAUCAUCGACUACAACGUGCAGCUGGUGACCAACCUGAGAAGAGACUCCAAAAAAACCUCCUGUUUUGAGCUCUUCUGCCCCGGACGGAGCGCUUUCCAGUUCACUGCCACCAGUCCUCAAGAGGCCAGAGAAUGGGUGGACCAAAUCAAUUUUAUACUUAGAGAUCUACGCUCCACCUCCAUCCCUUGCAAUUAUGACGAGGAAGAGGAGACCUAUGAUGACAUUGAGGGGUUGACCGGCCCGGCCUCGUCACGGCCCGGCACUGCCCGGGCCUUUCAGAGUGGCAAACUGGAAGGGGGGCACGAGACGGGGGGGGUCGACGAAGAGGACGAGGAUAUCUACGAAGUGCUGCCAGAGGACGAUUUUCCAGAUCCGACAGAUGAGAGCAGUGUACCGAACAACAGACCAGCUUCGUCAUCAGAUUACGCCAAUUUCUACCAGGGUUUAUGGGAUUGCUGGGCCGACGAGGUGGACGAGCUGCCCUUCCAGCGGGGAGAUCUCAUCUACAUCAUUAGCAAGGAGUACAACAUCAACGGCUGGUGGGUCGGCGAACUGAACGGCACCGUGGGCAUCGUCCCCAAGGACUUCCUGCACCCGGCCUACAUCCUCUGAGCCCCAACAGUGCUGCUGCCGACACGCAUGUGAAUGUUCACAGUUCAUCUUUUGUAAUUUCAAAAUGAUUCUCCUUCAUGAGACUGUAAGUUAUUACAUGUACAUGUAAUAUGCACCGGUGCGUAUUACUGUUCACUAUAAACCAUAAAGGUCUCUCCUUUAAUAUUAAUGUGCAAACCGCAGCUGAAGCGGUCAGAAAGCCGAUCGAUUUAUAUAAUUGUUUGUUAUUUUAUCAAGAAAAGCCUCAAACGUGAGGAUUUUCUUCAAUUCUGUUUUAUAUUACUAUAAAUUCAAUCUAUUACUGUUCGGUUUGACAAAAAAGUGAUUUGAAGAUGUUAUUUCUGGUAAAUUGUGAUGGGACUUUUGUUAAACUUUGAGAAUAUGUUUUAUUUUUCAUAGGCUAAAAGAUGAACAGAUGAAUCAGAUAAAUAACUGAAUAAUCAAUCAUAGAAACAACUGUUAGUUGCAGCUGUAGUGCAAAUUGAUAAUUUAUUCUGGACUGAUUCAUCAAUUCACUGGUUAAAUUGAGAAAUAUGUUGAUUGUUAGUCGGUUUUUUAUAUAAAUAAAUACAUUUUGUAUGAAUACAUCUUUGAUAAAAUAACAGCAUCUGUAUAUUAGGGUUUUAAACUACAUUUUACGUGGAGUUUUACACUGAAAUAAAUAUUUCAAAUGAU